CAACCCUCCGCGCCACCGCAACCCUCCGCGCCACUGCCGCCCGCUAUGGCAGACGGUGACUUGCAACUUGAGCUCUUGCACUUUGCAUAGGCUGGAAGAAAUGCUGUAGAGGAGCUGACUGGGACGAGCCCUGGAAGUCUAGUGCAGGUUUCCUAAGGUGCUGUUGAUGCUAAUGAUAUGAAGAAGACCCUGAUGCUUCAGCUGCAUUACUCAGCUCUUGUCUAAUCCCUGGAGGUGCUGCGGUUUAAGUAAGAACUGGUGCUGGUGGUACCUGCUCUGUCAUCUCCAACAGCAUCUGACUGGGUACUGUAUGCAAGUCCUGGACAUCCUGGAAACCAUGGGGAUUGGCAAGAACACCACGUCGAAAGCGGUGGAGACAGGAGGCUCAACAGAAGGCAAAUAUGAGGAUGAAUCUAAACAUCCCACCUUUUUCACUCUGCCCGUUGUGAUAAAUGGGGGAGCAACGUCUAGUGGCGAUCAGGAUACUGAAGACACAGAGCUGAUGGCAAUCUAUACUACAGAAAAUGGGAUAGCAGAAAAGAGCUCUCUGGCAGAGACGUUGGACAGCAGUGGCAGUCUGGACGCACAGAGAACUGACAUGAUUUACACUAUUGAAGAUGUUCCGCCCUGGUACCUCUGCAUAUUUUUAGGGUUGCAGCAUUACUUAACGUGUUUCAGUGGAACGAUAGCGGUGCCCUUUUUGCUAGCUGAUGCCAUGUGUGUUGGAUUUGACCAGUGGGCUACCAGCCAGUUGAUUGGGACCAUUUUCUUCUGUGUGGGCAUCACGACGUUGUUACAAACUACUUUUGGGUGCAGGUUACCCUUGUUUCAAGCGAGUGCUUUUGCAUUCUUGGCACCUGCCAGAGCGAUCCUCUCCUUGGAGAAGUGGAAAUGUAAUAAUACAGAUGUAACAGUUACAAAUGGAACAACGGAGCUGCUUCACACUGAGCACAUCUGGUAUCCCAGAAUACGAGAGAUCCAAGGUGCUAUCAUCAUGUCCUCCCUGAUAGAGGUGGUCAUCGGGCUGCUCGGCCUUCCCGGCGCCCUGCUGCGCUACAUCGGGCCUCUCACCAUCACACCAACCGUCGCUCUCAUUGGCCUCUCCGGCUUCCAGGCAGCUGGGGAAAGAGCAGGCAAACACUGGGGCAUCGCUAUGUUAACUAUUUUCCUAGUAUUGUUGUUUUCUCAGUAUGCCAGGAAUGUCAAAUUUCCCUUACCAAUUUACAAAUCCAAGAAAGGAUGGACCGCAUACAGGCUGCAGCUUUUCAAAAUGUUUCCUAUCAUUUUAGCUAUUUUGGUGUCCUGGUUGCUGUGCUUCAUCUUCACUGUGACGGACGUCUUUCCCCCGGACAGUUCCAAGUACGGCUUCUACGCACGCACGGACGCCCGCCGAGGAGUGCUCUUGGUCGCACCGUGGUUCAAGGUCCCUUAUCCUUUUCAGUGGGGACUGCCAACAAUUUCGGCCGCUGGAGUAAUCGGGAUGCUUAGCGCAGUCGUCGCUAGCAUUAUUGAAUCCAUCGGGGAUUACUAUGCCUGUGCCAGGCUGUCAUGUGCUCCCCCUCCACCUAUUCAUGCAAUAAAUAGAGGGAUUUUUAUUGAGGGUCUCUCCUGUGUCUUGGAUGGAGUAUUUGGGACAGGGAAUGGAUCCACUUCUUCCAGCCCUAACAUCGGUGUCUUGGGCAUCACAAAGGUUGGGAGCCGGAGGGUUAUCCAGUAUGGCGCAGCCUUCAUGCUCUUGCUUGGGAUGGUUGGCAAGUUCAGCGCUCUCUUUGCGUCGCUACCUGACCCCGUGCUCGGUGCCCUCUUCUGCACGCUCUUUGGAAUGAUUACAGCUGUGGGACUGUCUAAUCUCCAGUUCAUAGAUUUAAAUUCUUCACGGAACCUGUUUGUCCUUGGAUUUUCCAUUUUCUUUGGACUCGUCCUUCCGAGCUAUCUCAAACAAAACCCACUGGUCACAGGAAUAGCAGGCAUUGAUCAAGUACUGAAUGUUCUCCUCACCACAGCCAUGUUUGUCGGUGGCUGCGUUGCCUUUAUUUUGGAUAACACCAUUCCAGGAAGCCCCGAAGAAAGGGGGAUAAGGAAAUGGAAGAAAGGAGUGGGUAAAGGAAGCAAGUCACUGGAUGGCAUGGAAACGUACGAUUUGCCUUUUGGCAUGAACUUCAUUAAAAAAUACAGGUGUUUCAGCUUCCUGCCAAUCAGCCCUACCUUUAUGGGCUACACGUGGAAAGGCUUCAGGAAAAGCAGUAACUGCAGGAGUUCAGACAAAGACUCGGAAGCUACAGUAUAGCCUUAGUUGAAAUUAUAUUAUCUAGUUGUAGUAAAAUACGUAUUUGCAGUUUCUUGCUGAUUAAGAAGCAUUAAAAUA